CCGGGCUGCAGGGGCACCGGCGCGGGGCGUAGCGGGCGCGGGCCGGGGCGCGGGAGCGUUCGGGUAGGAUGAGGCUCCUGGCUGGCGCGCGGUAGUACUAUGAUUUGGUAUGUGGCCACUUUGAUAGCAAGUGUGAUCGGCACCCGAGGGCUCGCGGCUCAAGCUGCCCACGGCCUGCGAGAGGAACCUGAGUUUGUGACCGCGAGAGCUGGCGAGGGCGUCGUCCUGCGAUGCGACGUGAUUCACCCCGUGACGGGCCAGCCCCCGCCCUAUGUCGUGGAGUGGUUCAAGUUUGGGGUGCCCAUCCCUAUCUUCAUCAAGUUUGGCUACUACCCACCCCACGUGGAUCCUGAGUAUGCAGGCCGGGCCAGCCUUCACGAUAAAGCCUCCCUGCGGCUGGAGCAGGUUCGCUCUGAGGACCAGGGCUGGUACGAGUGCAAAGUGCUCAUGCUGGACCAGCAGUAUGACACCUUCCACAACGGCAGCUGGGUCCACCUCACCAUCAACGCCCCUCCCACCUUCACGGAAACACCCCCCCAGUACAUCGAGGCCAAGGAGGGUGGCAGUGUGACCAUGACCUGCACAGCUUUUGGGAACCCCAAGCCCAUUGUCACCUGGCUCAAGGAGGGGACACUCCUAGGUGCUAGUGGGAAAUACCAGGUGAGUGAUGGCAGCCUGACGGUGACGUCGGUCAGCAGAGAGGACAGAGGUGCCUACACCUGUCGUGCAUAUAGCAUCCAGGGGGAGGCCGUCCACACCACCCACCUGCUUGUCCAAGGGCCUCCGUUCAUCGUUUCGCCUCCUGAGAACAUCACGGUCAACAUCUCCCAGGAUGCGCUGCUCACCUGCCGGGCAGAGGCGUACCCCGGCAACCUCACCUACACCUGGUACUGGCAGGAUGAGAACGUCUACUUCCAGAACGACCUGAAGUUGAGAGUGCGGAUCUUGAUCGACGGGACCCUGAUCAUCUUCCGGGUGAAGCCUGAGGAUGCCGGGAAGUACACCUGCGUCCCCAGCAACAGCCUGGGGCGCUCCCCCUCUGCCUCGGCGUACCUAACCGUGCAGUACCCAGCCCGCGUCCUCAACAUGCCCCCUGUCAUCUACGUGCCCGUGGGAAUUCACGGCUACAUCCGCUGCCCUGUGGACGCAGAGCCGCCGGCCACCGUGGUCAAGUGGAACAAGGAUGGCCGCCCGCUGCAGGUCGAGAAGAACCUGGGCUGGACCCUGAUGGAGGAUGGCUCCAUUCGGAUUGAGGAGGCCACAGAGGAGGCCCUUGGCACUUACACCUGUGUGCCUUACAACACCCUGGGGACCAUGGGCCAGUCUGCUCCCGCACGGCUUGUCCUGAAGGACCCCCCGUAUUUUACGGUGCUACCAGGCUGGGAAUAUCGGCAGGAGGCUGGCCGGGAGCUGCUCAUUCCCUGUGCUGCUGCCGGGGACCCCUUCCCCGUCAUCACGUGGAGAAAGGUAGGGAAGCCCAGCAGAAGCAAGCACAACGCCCUGCCCAGCGGGAGCCUCCAGUUUCGAGCCCUGAGUAAGGAGGACCACGGGGAGUGGGAGUGCAUCGCCACCAACGUGGUCACCAGCAUCACUGCCAGUACCCACCUGACCGUCAUCGGCACCAGCCCCCAUGCCCCGGGCAGUGUCCGGGUCCAGGUCUCCAUGACAACUGCCAACGUGUCCUGGGAGCCAGGCUAUGAUGGAGGAUUCGAGCAGACAUUCUCAGUUUGGUACGGACCUCUGAUGAAGCGGGCGCAGUUUGGGCCGCACGACUGGCUGUCUUUGCCCGUGCCGCCGGGACCCAGCUGGCUGCUGGUGGACGCGCUGGAGCCCGAGACAGCCUACCAGUUCAGCGUCCUGGCCCAGAACAAGCUGGGAACGAGCGCCUUCAGUGAGGUGGUCACUGUGAACACUUUAGCAUUCCCUGUCACAACUCCAGAACCCCUGGUGCUGGUUACCCCACCGAGGUGCCUCACAGCCAACCGGACCCAGCAGGGCGUGCUCCUGUCCUGGCUGCCCCCUGCCAACCACAGCUUCCCCAUCGACCGCUACAUCAUGGAGUACCGCGUCGGGGAGCACUGGGAGACGCUGGACAGUGCCAUCCCGGGCACCGAGGGAGACUUCUUUGCCAAGGAUUUGUCGCAGGACACCUGGUACGAAUUCCGGGUUCUGGCCGUCAUGCAGGAUCUGAUCAGCGAGCCCAGCAACAUCGCCGGCGUCUCCAGCACAGACAUCUUCCCACAGCCGGACCUGACUGAUGACGGGCUAGCCCGGCCCGUGUUGGCUGGAAUCGUAGCUACCAUCUGCUUCUUGGCAGCUGCCAUCCUGUUCAGCACCCUGGCCGCCUGCUUUGUCAACAAGCAGCGCAAGCGUAAGCUCAAGCGCAAAAAAGAUCCUCCACUGUCCAUCACUCACUGCAGAAAGAGCCUAGAGUCUCCCUUGUCGUCUGGCAAGGUGAGCCCCGAGAGCAUCCGCACGCUCCGGGCCCCAUCGGAGUCCUCUGAUGACCAAGGCCAGCCGGCCGCCAAGAGGAUGCUGAGUCCCACCCGGGAGAAGGAGCUGUCGUUGUACAAGAAGACCAAGAGGGCCAUCAGCAGCAAGAAGUAUAGCGUGGCCAAGGCCGAGGCCGAGGCCGAGGCCACCACGCCCAUCGAGCUCAUCAGCAGAGGCCCCGACGGCCGCUUCGUGAUGGAUCCCUCUGAGAUGGAGCCCUCGAUGAAGAGCAGGCGCAUCGAGGGCUUUCCCUUUGCCGAGGAGACGGACAUGUACCCCGAGUUCCGCCAGUCGGACGAGGAGAAUGAGGACCCGCUGGUGCCCACGUCUGUGGCUGCCCUCAAGUCCCAGCUGACCCCUCUGUCGUCCAGCCAGGAGUCCUACCUGCCACCACCAGCAUACAGCCCUCGGUUCCAGCCCCGUGGGCUGGAGGGCCCCGGCGGCCUGGAGGGGCGGCUGCAGGCCACGGGCCAGGCCAGGCCUCCCGCGCCCCGGCCCUUCCACCAUGGCCAGUAUUAUGGGUACCUCAGCAGCAGCAGCCCCGGGGAGGUGGAGCCGCCGCCCUUCUACAUGCCGGAGGUGGGCAGCCCCCUGAGCUCCGUCAUGUCCUCCCCACCCCUGCACGCCGAGGGGCCCUUCGGCCACCCCACCAUUCCCGAGGAGAACGGAGAGAACGCUUCCAACAGCACGCUGCCCUUGACUCAGACGCCCACAGGCGGCCGCUCCCCUGAGCCCUGGGGCCGGCCGGAGUUCCCCUUUGGGGGCCUGGAGACCCCGGCCAUGAUGUUCCCCCACCAGCUGCACCCCUGUGACGUCGCCGAGAGUCUGCAGCCCAAGGCCUGCCUCCCCCGAGGACUGCCCCCCACCUCCCUGCAGGUGCCCUCGGCCUACCCGGGCAUCCUGUCCCUGGAGGCGCCCAAGGGCUGGGCGGGCAAGUCGCCGGGCCGAGGCCCCGUCCCGGGGCCCCCCUCCGCCAAGUGGCAGGACAGACCUAUGCAACCUCUGGUGAGCCAAGGGCAGCUAAGACAUACCAGCCAAGGUAUGGGCAUACCCGUGUUGCCUUACCCCGAGCCGGCCGAGCCGGGGGGGCACAGCGGCCCCAGCACGUUUGGCCUGGACACCCGGUGGUACGAGCCCCAGCCCCGGCCCCGGCCCAGCCCCCGGCAGGCCAGGCGCGCCGAGCCCAGUUUACAUCAAGUGGUGCUACAGCCGUCCCGGCUCUCGCCUCUCACCCAAAGCCCCCUGAGCUCGCGCACCGGCUCCCCCGAGCUGGCGGCCCGCGCCCGGCCCCGCCCGGGGCUCCUGCAGCAGGCCGAGAUGGAGAUCGCGCUGCAGCCGCCGGCCGCCGGCAGCUUCUCCCGCAAGUCCACGCCGUCCACGGGCUCCCCGUCCCAGAGCAGCCGCAGUGGCAGCCCCAGCUACCGGCCCGCCACGGGCUUCCCGGCCCUGGCCGCCGCCUACCCUGCGCCCCCGCCCGCGCCUGCGCCCGCGGGGCCUGCCGACAGCCUGGACGUGUUUGGACCCACGGCCUCCCCUCGCAGCGGGGGGGAGGAGCUGCUGCGGCCGGAGCCCCCCCCGCCGCCGUUACCUACUUCGGGAACACAUCCACCUGCACCCGGGAACGCUGCUACACCUGAGAGGCUGGAGGCUCUGAAAUACCAACGGAUAAAGAAGCCCAAAAAGUCAUCCAAGGGCUCCUCGAAGUCAAAGAAACGAUCCGACGGUCCUGCCUCCCAGGCUCAGCAGCUUCCAGACUCCCAGGUUCUGUGGCCCGAUGAAGCCGUCUGCCUCCGAAAGAAGAAGAGACAUUCUCGGCCUGACCCCUUUGCCCGCCUCUCAGACCUGUGCCACCGCCAGCUCCCGGAAGACCAGACGGCGAUUCUCAACAGCGUGGAUCACGACGACCCCGGCCACGCCACCUUGCUGUGACGCCACGAGCGCUGAGCGGUCCCGGAGCGGCGUCGCGGCGGCGCUGGGCUGAGGGGCCGGGGAGGGGGCCGGGGUGUGCCGGCAGGGGGGCGGCUGGGGGGCUGCUUCCCCCGCGGCCUGGCCGGCGGCGUCGCCGUGAGGACAGAGGGCCGGGGCUCGUGGGAGCGAUUAGGAAGCCAACAGGGGUCAGGGAGGGACCCGCCUUGCCCCCCUUGGCUCUCCGGCGGCGGCGGGAUGUUUCCGCCUCCGCAGAUCCCUUGGGAGCGAGGAAGGGAAAGCGAUGGCUCUUACUGCUCUCCGCUCUGUGGGGUGUUCGGGUCCUGGAGGAGGGCUGGGCUCCCCUCCCCUCUUCCGAAUCUACAUAUACAUAGAUAUAGAUACAAAUGCAUCGUAUGUAGUUUGUGGGCCUCUCUAUGUAUAUAUAUGUACAUUGAAGCAAAGUGCUGUUUAUUUCUGUGGUCAGUGGAGGAAGGAGGAGGAGCGCGGCGAAGGCGUGGGGUCCGUGGGGGGGACCCGCAGGGCCAGCGGGCGUCCCCCCGCAGCCAGGAGCCGGGCCUCCUCCCCUGAACUCCCCGAGCACGGAGGGGCCGCGGCUGGGCUACCGCACAGCUAAACCCGAGCCUUGGGCCCGGCUCAGGCCACGCAGCGGGGGCUGCUCAGCAGCGAGGCGGCCCCCCCCGCAGCCCCCCGUCCUGCGGCCCCGGUGCUGAGCCCUGAGCUGCCGCGGCUCUAUUUAUAUCCUGCUCGGCUCAGCGCCCUCCCGAGUGGAGGAUUGGAUCCCUCCUUUCCUUUUGUGGGAGCUAAUUCCCCAGAUUGAGUAAUUGCCACUUGCGGGCCCGCCUGCGGCUCCUCCCGCCUCCCCGCGUGCUGCCUGCGGGCUCCUCUCUGCCCGGGGUUCAGCUGCUGGGUCGGGUCGGGUCGGGUCAGGCCAGGCAAAGGGAGCGGCCCAGAUUCCCGGUCCUGGGGGCACGCUGGGCCCCCUGCCGUCCCCUGGAUUCAUUUACAGGAACCGGCUGAGGCAGGGGUGGAGCUGGAAGGGGAGGUGGGCCGGGGCCUGGGCUCCGACCUUUUCUGCCACAAUCUCGUCCUAGUUCACAGCGUUAGCAGCAGAAGCGCCUGUGAGGCCGUGUUGCCCUGCCUGAGGGUGCGUCUGUGUCCCAGUGUGAUGGUGGAUGGUGGUGCUGCCGGGCAGUGCCCCGCUCCGUGGGGCCCGUGCUCUGGCCGCCUGGGGAUAAAGGUGCUGCGGGUCCUCGACGGGUCUCCUCCUGGUGCUCUGGUCCUGGCGGCUCCGGGCACCUGCCUCUCCCCGCCACCUGUGUGGCUGCCGCCUGGUCAAAGCGCCAGAGGCUCCGCACAGUUGCUAGCAGGAGAGCGGCGCAGGGGGAGGCCCCGAGGGCUGGGGAGCGGCGCCUCGCUGGGAGCCCCAUCUUAGGGUCGGUUCUUCUCUGCCGCACAAGCUCUGGUGCUUCCGUCCUGUCGCCCCGCCAGUGGGGCCCGACUCCGCCUUGGGGGUCUCCACGUCCCCAGCCACGGGUCACCCGAGGGUGGGGAGGCGGAGGGGGAGGGCCUCACCCUGGGGACCCUCUGUGCUCCCUGCCCUGGGCCUCGGGCGUCCGGGACCACCCGGCCAGGGUGAGGAGGGGCAGAGGCCGGGCCUCCGCCUGGCGCCCCAGGGCAGCUCUACCUCCGCCCGGGCGUGCAGGGAGCGGUCGCGGGUCUCCCGCUGGGUCACUUGCAGCCUGUCCUGGUGCGCGGGGUGCGUGCCGACCGGGCGGAUCCCGGCUGAAAUGUGGGGGUGUGAUCCGUGGGACCUUAGGGUGGGGGGGGCCCUUCCUGGGCGCUGUGCUCGAAUUCUAGGUCCCAAGCGUGGAAAGGAAGAGGAGGAGGUGGGGGGGCAUAGGCUCUUCGGGGCACCCUCGGGGCCCCCCUGGCUACGGCUCCCGGCUCCCGGUCAAGGGCCCACCCCAGGCGGUCUCGGAGCUUCCACGGUGCUGACUCCUGUCUUCCCUGCCUCUGGCGGGGCCCUUACCUCGGCACAUCAGACCAAAUGCUUGGGCUCUGCUUGCGUCCCCAGGCUGGGGGAGGGACACCACACGGCUCUUCACGGCCGCAGCCUCCCGUCCUCCCGCGGCCGUGUCCUGGAAGGCCGGCGGCCCCCUGCACCUGGGGCUCUCCCGGCCCUUUGGGCGCCGUCCCCCCGUCCACGCGACGGAGGGUAAAGGGGCCAUGGGCACAUGCUUCCAUGCGGGGUGUGUGCCCGCGUGUGCAUGACGGGGCCGUCGUCAUCGCUAGGGCCCACUGUCCUCUCCUCCCCACUGGCAAUCGCAGUGCACCCUCUUGAGCUCCCACCACCUCGUGCCCCACCGCGGGGCCAGCAGACACCCCCCAGACCCCUCCCUUCCAGGCCUGGUGCCUUCGCGGGGAGGCAGCCCCACAAAAGCCCAUGCCUUGCAUCCCGGGUUCCCGCCUGCGCCUGACUGAGCCCCGGGACUGCCUCGGGGGCCGGGGGCUCGUGCAGCAGGACGGGGGCCAUGGGUCCCGAGGGGCUCAGGCUGACAGCGCGGGGGCGGGGGGGGGGACUAGCAAGGAGGAGGAAUCGGAUCCUGGAUCUCGGAAGCCCGCUGACCACAUGGCGCGGCUCCGGCAUGGCUCCGUGGCUCGUGUGGGGCCCUGCAUGCGGGUAGGCGUCCGGGGCCCAGUGGGGCCCAUGCGGGGAGCCCUGCCUGCCUCCUCCCUGACCCGGGGGCCGGCGCUCGAGGCCCCUGGAGGGUCCCCUUUCUCCAGAGGGAGGCUGCUGUGAAGGGCCUGUGCCCGGCGGCCGUGCGCCGGGGCCUCUCAGGCAGGGGUGGGUGACCACUGACACUUCUCAAUGCUCUCUCGUCUUUAUUUUGGUUUGGGAUCUAAAAUAUUUAUAGAGUCGUGUCGAUUCCAGUUGUUUUCCUGUGGCCUUUUUAUGCAGAGGAAACCGGGUAGGGUUCAGAUGUGAAAUUUCCUGACUAGCUUUGUUCUUGUUUUUUACCUCGUUUUCGUUUUGUUGUUUUUGCUGAGUUGACAAAACAGUAGCUUCAAGGGAGAAACAGACUUCACAAAAAAACGUCAGGGCGACUUUGCCCCUCCCCGGGAUUAGAAUCCAGGGCCGAGGUGUGCGUGGCUGCAGCUGUUUCUUCCAGUUUUGUUAGAAAGCCUUCUGGGGGGUUGGGGUGGGCUGGGGGGAGAAUUGUACAUAAAGUACGUUUUAUUACUAUGUAGAAACAUAAGAAAAGAGAAGCUAAUGGUUAAUCUCGGGCUUGCUUUGCUUGCAUGUAGAGGAGCUUUGGGGCACCCUCACGGGUCGCUGGGGAGCAGUCGGAAAGAGUCAAAGGGUAGAGAGGGCGGGAGCGGGGAAGAGCGCGCGUCUUCAUCCGCCCUCCUGGCCCGCCCUGCCAUCAUGUCAUGUCCUCUGUAGGACACAGGGAGGCAGGCUUGGGCAGGCCGGAUGCUUGGAGCCCCAGGGGCCGCCCUUGUUGCUCUGGGGGGGAUGGUCCGGAUCUAAGGUGAAUAAAGGACUUGGCGGGGUGGGGUGUUUCAGGAGCGGGAGUCAGAGAGGGGGAGCACAGAAAGGAGGUCAGAGCUUUUGUGCAGGGUCUGUAAGGCCGGAAGGGGGAUGGAGGGCGAGGUCAAUCCCAUGGGAGGCGGUGGGGACCCUGAGAUGUGAUAGUGAGGCCAAGGCAGGAUGGGGAACAUCAAGCCUUACCUUUCUGUUUGCAGCAUGUGGCAACUUACCCCUAAGGGUACCAUGUACAAGUUGGGUAGGGAUGGGGGUCAUCCCAAGAAAGCAAAGACGCGCCAUUGCCCGGGGCGGGGCAGGCUGGGGAGUGGUGGCAGCAAGGAUGGUUUGGGGGACAGGGUGGGAGGGUGAUGGAGCCGUUGAAGACGGACUGAGGAGCAGGGUCUCGGCCCAGCGGCCCAGCCUGGCUCUCGGGACGGGUCUCGCGUCCUUAGCUGGCCUCCCUCGCGUCUCCUAGAAUUAGCCUAUAACACGAAGUGCCCGAGCCAAACGCGGUCAUAUCCUCUGUGAUGUCCUUCAACUUCAUCCGUCUGCUUUCCGGGGUUGCUCAGGCCCGGAGCUAGGAGAUUUGUCCUGAGAGCCCCGUCGGAUCGCCAGCUCUGUGUCGGGGGAGAAGGAAGACUCGUUCUCAUGAGCUUCGUGUGCUCGUUUUCCUAAGCGGGAGCGUCGGGCGGCCUUUUCCCUCCCCUCUCUCCCGUGAUCGGAAGACGCGGUUGCUGGUGGAGGAGGACGGGGGUGGGGGGGUGGUGGUGGCUGGUGCACCUGUCCCCUUUUCUUCUUGAGCACAGAGGCUGCCUUUGGACCGUGAAGCCACACAGUGGCUCCAGACCUGGAGGUCUCGUUCUCACUUUCUCCUCCUUCGACGGCAUGAGGCCAGAGUCUGGCAUCGAAGGACAAACGAGACCGGCCCUUCCUCUGUCCUCUCCGAGUCCGCAGCCCGGCUUCCUCUCACAUCGAGAGGCAGAAUGAAAAAUCUCUUCUUUAGAAGAAGUCCAUAAAAAUCAAGCCCAGGCGGGACGCCAGCCCUCCUGGCACCUUGACGUUCGGUUAGGGAGGUGGGGGGGUCCCCAUUACCCCCCAUCCUUCUGAUUGGUGGUGAAAUCAUGCUGCUCUAGGGCUUUUUUUCUGCCCCCCCCCCCGCCCCCGUCCGUAGUUUUCAAAUAAGUCGUGAACAAAUAGAAUGUCCUCACCACAUGUUCUGUGUUUUGGAAGUGGUUUCACAACCUCAUUUUGAGCUGAUCAAAUAAUUCCUAAUAGAUCUGAUCCAAAGACAUGCCCCUCCCCGCCCCCUGCCCCAGACCUUACCCCAAGGGUUUCUGGGUAGGAUAAAGAAAACUGAAGUAUCAGUGCAAAUAUCCUUAAUGGCCUGCCACACCUUAUGGAAGGGAGAGUUGGAGGAUCUCUGUUAAUAAAUCCCUUGCUAGGAUGGCAGCCAGCAGUCGAACUCACUUAGGUAUUCUCUUCUGUCAUGGGUCGGUAGUAGUAGUUGGGGUUGUUGAAGACGUAAUGGGCAGCUCUGGACCCCUGGCUGGGGAGACUUAGGUUGGGGAGUGAGGGGGGUGCAGAGGCUCAGUUCCUGUCCCCGGUACCUUGGCUGUUUGCCUUUCCCAUCCCGCUGGAUGGGGACGUGGAUGGCUGUCUUGGCCUGUUGUUCCUUUUGGUCUCGAAGGAAUGUGCUUCACCGUCCCCACCUAUCCCUGGCACUGGAUUUCCUGGAUUUAUUUUAGGAACUAGGGCAAGCUCUCCACCUCCACCCCAUAUACACACCAGCUAGGCCUUUCCUUCCUUACCCCACUUCUUUACGGCUCCAGGGAUCUUAAAUUUGUGCAUGGUUUACAGAUGGGGAGACGGUUGGGUGGGGAAGGGAAUCUGGGAGGGGAGAUGGGUUGGGCUGGGGGGGGCGGGAUUUACAUUUUCAGCCUUAGAAACACUGCAAGCAUGUUUUUGGGGUUUUCACAUAUUAGGUGGAAGGGGCAAGUGCAGACCCUCCUCGUGGGCGAUGAGGGCUUCGAGGCUUUGUGCUUCCUUUUGGCUUAGGGCAUCCUUGAAACCUCAUUUCUGAUAGAGGGGAAUAGACCUCCUCAUGGGCAUCUUGUAGUCCGUGGAAGGCAGUUGCCAGUCGCUUUGUCAGUGCGUAUUCACUGCCCAUGCGAGCAGAGAGGUCUGUCAGUGGACAGCGGCCUACCUGGGCCAGGAACGGGGCCGUCUCCCCCGUCCCUCUAAGUUGUGGGGUCGUCUCCCUGGUUCUCCGGCCCCCGCCAGCUGUCUAGUCUGUGCUCCUUUCCUGGGCUCAGGAAGUGAGAACGUGUGUGCGCCGUGUGGGUGCGAGACUGGGGUUUGCGUGUGAGAGUGUGUGGGCGUGGUGUGUAUGUGGUGUUUGGGGAGUGUGUGCUGUUGUGUUGUGUGAUGUAGGUGUUUGUGUUUGGCGUGUUUGUGGUGUGUGUAUGUGAGUGUGGUGUGCGUGUAUGGGGUACGUGGGUGUUUGUGUCUGGCGUCUUUGCCGUAUGUGGGUGUGUGGUUUGUGGUGCGUGCGGUGUGGGGUGUGUUUGUGGUUUGAGGUGUGUGUGUGUGUGUGUGUGUGUGUGUCUAGAGGUUUAUAAGGACACAACUAAUUUGCCUGAGGAGCAUCAGGCCCAGACGACCCCCUCUUUGGUUGACUCUUUGAUAGGCAACUUCUGUGUAGGUAGGAGGGUGAAAUUAGUGACACACCAUCCUUAGUGUAUUUUUUAUGGAGAUUGUAUAUAAAAUUAUAUAAGUGCAUAUAAUUUGUUCUAUUUUAAGGAGAGAGGGAACUUAUGUAAUGGGUGGGUGGGUGCAAGGAUCAGAUGCAGUAGUCAGGAGUGGGAGGCUUCAGGCAAGUGGGGCAUCUGGGGAGUGGGAAGCGGGAGGACAGGAGACUCAAGCUGGGCAGGAGGAGUGGGGCUCACGCCCUGGGCGCACAUAUAUAAAUAUACAGAAAGCCUAUAUAAAGUCUAGCUAGCUAGCUUAUCUAUAUAUCUAUAUAUCUAUAUGAAGUCAUAGUUUGCUUUAUUUUUGUACCUGUGCUUAGAGACGUCUUGAGCCGGACCGCCUUGCCCAGGUGGCCUGGAAUACGAGCUCAUGCCUUGAUGCCCCCACCUCCCCCGUCCUCCCUCCAUGCCGCUCUUCCCCUGAGACGCUCUCUGCCUAGAGUUGCUGGGGUCUUCCGGAUGGGAAUGUGCGUACAGGAAGAUUAAAAAAAAAAAAAUAGCAAAACGAAUGAUCGACUUGCGGAAAGGACAAGUGAGCCGAGGGUUGUGGGAAGCUGCCGGAUCUGAUGGCCCCAAGGAACCGGGAUUCGGGGAAGGACACUGAGGCUCGAACACGUUGGCACGGUGCCUACUGCGGUGAGGACGGAGAGUGACGACUGUGAGUCUGCCCUCCUGUUGCCAGGGGUUGGUACCCGGCUCCUCUGAAGGAACCCGGCUCAGCGGCAUUAGGAAGGAGGCUAGGGUUCCCUGCGGGCUGACAGCACCUAGGUUACAGCACCUUGACCCGCGCGCUCUCGGACGGUGUGGUAGCGGGAGGGAGGCGCCUCGAGACAGCUUGUCCAGGCCGCCUGCACGGGCUCAGGCCUGGAGACGAAUACCCGGGUCAUUCUUGCUGCAGAUUCUUGGAACCAGUGUGAAUGUGAUAUAUCUAAUAUAAACAUGUCUUAUAUGCGUUCUUAGAGUUAUUAUUUUGAUCGGAAAAAUACGGUGUCACUGGAAAUAGGGUGGUCGAGUCCUGGGACACGGAGUGGAGGACGAGGUGCGGGAGAAGCACUCUGGGCGUGACGGGGAGGAUGGGGCUGGGUGGAACCUCCUGCUCCCUGGGAACUUAACAGAGCCAAACAUCACCACACUGGACGAACUUGGCCCAGAAUUGGAGAUUUUGGAGAGCGGGAGCUCACUUGCACUGGCGCAGGAAACUUUGUGCGGCCUGAAGAAUACCUCCUUGAGAAUUCAAGACCUCACAUACGCUGCAAGGGCUGUGCACCUUGCAGCCUCAGCAAUUGUCUCUUGGGUGCUAGCUUUUCCUUCUGACUUGCCAGAGCUCAGAGUGAUGUGUUUGAAGCUGGGAAAGGGCCAGAUGGUACAGGCAGCCAGGAGAGACGUGUGCCUGCAGCCUUUUCUGCUCUCAUCCUUCUUGUCAACUAAAAAAAGGCAAUACUAACCCUUCCUCCCCAACCAAAGUGUCGUGUUGUCCCAGAGUUUCUGUCUUAACGGAGUUUGAUCAUUAGAAGGACUCCGAUGCUUCGGCCACCAGUAGGAGCUCUCUUUACCAUUUGGGGAUAUUAUGGGAAGAGUAGGUUGGGGUAGAGCUUGAGCCUGACUCCUGACCCUACUGCCCCAACAGUGUAAACCUUAUGGGGCUUUGCCAUCCACUCAGGCACUGUCCUAGAGGCCCCGGGAGUACUUGCUCAAAACACUUCUCAUUUUCUAAGGACACCGAAGGAAAAUGGGCUUUGUCCAGACAGUACUGGAAGGGCGCUAACACUGAGUCCAGUUGGCCGUCGUGUCCAUCCUUGACCAACUUUUUCUGCAGUCUUCCAGGAGGCCAAAGGAGGAUAUAGCCAGAUGUUUCUUAGUAAGGUUUUUCAGGGAGGCUGGGCAAGAGACAAAGCAGCACAUUCUAUGUCCCUUCCCAGCUCGCGACCUAACCCCUUUCAACCCAUCCAAGCCUCCACACAAUGAGGGCUUCCCAUUAUUGGUUUUGUUUUGUUUUGUUUUGGCUCUUAAAGUGGUCAUCCCUUCUUUCUCCGUAGACUCUGUCCCAUUUCUGGUACUCACGCGACCAGCAGAAUAAAUCACUUUAGCAUCCCAGGCCUCUCAGAGAGAUAGUAGUACCCUCCGUAGAUCUACAGUCGCUCUAAAACUUACUUCUUCCCACAUUAUACUCAAAGCUUAGAAUCCUCAGCAGCAUCAGAGUUACAAGGUCAAAAGUCACUGGCCACAUUCCCAUUUCAUUCUCUAACCUCCAGUUGGACUCUUUCAUGUAUGGAAGGAAAAAUGAAGACAAGGGACGUGGGUCCCCCUUGAAAUUGUGGUGCUUGGAGGGGAUCGGAUACUCACUUCGGCCCUUUCCACGGUCCUGGCCGUCGGCCCUCAGAGAGAGGUGAAAGGCAGACAGCGGAGCGGGGAGGGAGAGCGCCCGGGGUAGGGUUCCAGGCUCUCUGAAGAGCCAGCCUUCUACAAAGUCCCACGGAGCAAAAUGGGUUGAGAUCUGGUUCUAUAUGGAGUAGGCAGAAGUUCCUGUCUGGGGCCUGUCGGUUAGUGGGGCCGGUUGGUGAUGGGUGCUCGGAGGAGGCCCGUGGCCCGCGCUGGGAGCCACGCUCCUUGGCCCCCCCCCUCCUUGGCCCUCGGUAGGAGGGAUACUGCAGUUUGGCUUUUCGGCUGGCGGCUGGCGGCGGACCCCGGGGAGUUGUUGGACUUGUGCUGCCUCUGGCUGCUGGACGGGGCAAGGGCUGGGAGCAGACGGGUCCGGGACUGUGGGGGUCACAGGCUUCCCCCCUUUGUCAUCAGCUGUGGGGGGGGGCUCCUCCGCUGGAGAUGCCCCUGCUGGCGGCCUGCGAUGUCCGAUGUCCGGAGUGGGGGGAGCAGGACAGGCCUCCAUACCGACUGCUGAGCGAACGGGCUGGGCGGGGGCGCUUCUGGAAGGGUCUCGGCUGCUGGAGCCCUGGGCGGAAUGGUGCGGCAGGGAAGAAGAGCAGUGGGAAGCUCCGCUUACCGGUCUCCAAGGGUCUUGACCUGCCCCUCGGACGUCCCUUCCACGCCGCCGUCUGCGGGGCUGGCCGGGUGGUGUGGGCUUUCGGCCGCCGCCCCCUUUGCGCAGCCCCGACCUGCUUCUUGUGGGGGGGGGGGGCGCCCUGCAGGUGCAGCGUCCUCUCUGCCGCCAGGACAGAUGCUGCAUCCUGGGCACGUCUUCCACCGCACACCUGGAGGCCACGGGGUGUGACUUCCUUCCCCGUCUCCCCGGGGUCCGCGGACCGGGUGAGGCUCCCGGGGCUCCCUCCCCGAGGCCCCCAGCCUCCAGACGCCCGGUAGCCUCCCAGUCCUUUCCUGGCGAGUCUGGAUGCGACCAUCAGUUCCGUCACGGGAGCUCUUGCUCUCACUUCACCCUCUUUCUUUCCCUUCUUCAGCUUUCUUUGGGAGCCACGCCCCACCCAUGCCGGGUCUUCUCGGGACACCAUUCAAACCUCGUUUCCAUUCUUGAAUGUCAAGUAUUAACCACAUAACCGCGCUAGGGUGCUCUAUGGUGCUGUUCCUGAAGAGGCCAGCUGGACUGAACCUCCUUCGUCCCACUGGUUCCUUAAAUCCUUGCUGUAUUUUGUCUUCUAAUUUCUUUUCUCCCUGGGGGUUGGGGGUGGGAGACAUGGGGGUGGCCUUUGUGUUCUCUCCCUCUCUUUUCUUUGUGUACGGGCUGGUGAAAGUCAGUUAUCACGGGCAGCUGACUUCACGGCUUUGGUUGGCGGACUUUGGUUAAUUAUUAAAGACAAACCAACAAAUUGUACAGCUGCACACAGAACACCUUUAUGUGUGGAUUUGAAUGGCAACUAGAGGCUUACUUUUUGAACUUCAGGUAUGUAACUCAAAAGUAAAUAAAAACACUAUUUUUUCAGUAA